GUUUGAAUAUAAAGCAAAAAUACCAUUGUUUUUCUAUUAGGUAAAACAUUUGUUGGUCCAAUAAUAAACAAAAAUGUGUAUAUAUUUCUUUAUUAUUAAUUAAUUACUUUUUCCCUAUCACAAAUAUUAUUUCUAUUUAUAUAUAUAUUACUCUCAUCAUUUUUGCUUCUUUCCCUAUCUACCUUGUUCUCCACAAGCCCAAAACAAGAAGAGUAAAAAAAAAAUAUCUUUAGCUAUGUCUGACGAAGAACACCAUUUUGAGUCCAAAGCUGAUGCUGGUGCUUCAAAAACUUACCCACAACAAGCAGGCACUAUUCGCAAGAAUGGUUAUAUAGUUAUCAAAGGAAGACCCUGCAAGGUUGUUGAGGUCUCCACUUCCAAAACUGGCAAGCACGGACAUGCAAAAUGUCACUUUGUGGCAAUUGACAUUUUCAAUGGAAAGAAGCUUGAAGAUAUUGUUCCUUCAUCUCACAAUUGUGAUGUGCCACAUGUCAACCGUACAGACUAUCAGCUGAUUGACAUCUCUGAAGAUGGUUUUGUGUCUCUUCUUACUGAAAAUGGAAACACCAAAGAUGACCUCAGGCUUCCCACCGAUGACACCCUGCUGAGCCAGGUUAAAGGUGGAUUUGAGGAAGGAAAGGAUCUCGUGCUGUCGGUGAUGUCUGCAAUGGGUGAAGAACAGAUUUGUGCUGUGAAGGACAUUGGCAAGAACUAGUUGCAUAUUCUGCAGCAUAAAAUAAUUGCUUUUAGCCAAAAGACAGCUUUAUAUCCUGUUAUCGUGCUACUUUGAAAUCCGUUUUAUCGUUUAACUCAGCUUUAUAUCUUUCGGCAUGGCUUGAAUGGUCGAACUCUAUUGUUUUUAUCUGGCAAGGCAAUGAAACUGGAUUUGAUAGCUGAAGCAA